ACACGCCAACUAAACGGCGGAGUUGUGGUCGUCUAGAUACAUAAGAGGAAAGUUUAAUAUUUUCGUGUUUUGAUAGAAUAUAAAAAUAAAACGGGCAUAUAGGGAGAAAAGUAAAGGACGAUUCGGAUGACGGCGGCUACCAUGGGCAUUUUGCCUUAUAUUUUACUCCUUUCACUAACGCCGACUUUGAUAUACACUGUAGACAACACUCACACCUGCAACAAUAACGAGUAUGUUACCAUAGAUUCCGUGCAAUUAUGUUCCAAGUUUAUAGAUUUAACCCUUGAAGGAUGGAACGUAGACAAAGCAAAGUCGAACUUUUCUUCAAUGUCUUCAGCUGAAUUUUCAGCAUACCUGUCCGACGCAUUUAGUUUAAAAACAGACAACAGAAUGUGUACUUACAGGAAGAAUAUGGUGCAAAGUAUACCAGGAUGUUGUGGUGGUUGGGAAGGAACCGAUUGUCUGACACCUGUAUGCACUCCAACAUGCUUACACGGAGAGUGUGUUUCCCCUGGUGUCUGUGCCUGCACCAACGGUAUGAGUGGAUUGUCUUGCGACGAAAGGCCAGUGACCGCUCAUCAUUUGCAAUACUGCUUUAAAAAUACUAAACAAUGUUCCGGGGAGAAGCUUGAAGGACUGGACUAUGAGGUCACAGAAGAACAAUGUUGUGAGGCUGAAGGGGGCUCGUGGGGGAGAACAGGAAUGAACUGCACAAUCUGCCCACCAAAAGAGACCAGCAAUGACGCCGAUGAUAUUCAUUGUGUUAGCUUUGGGACACUACAUCGGACAUUUGACGGCGUUAUGUACAACUUUGACGGAGGAUGUACGUAUAACAUGGCAUCAGAUAUGGAACAUUACUGGCAGGUUCAGAUCCAGUCAACAGGCUGUGGAUAUGAUAACCAACCCUCAGAGUGCCGCAAGGCAAUCGUAAUUACUUCAACUGGUACCCAGAUUAAAGUCGACAAUGGUACAGUCACAAUGAGUGGUGAAGUUAUUCAUGUCCCGGACCAGGAUUCAGUGUCUGUUGGCCAGAAAACCAUGUCUUUGUACAGAGAGAGCGAAUUCUUGUUCAUUUACUUCCAAGGUGUUGUCGUAAAAUACAAAGUUAACAGCGUAUAUAUUCACAUUGAACGAUUCAAUAAUAGGACCAUUACUGGGCUUUGUGGGAACGCUAACUUUGACGUCAGAGAUGACUUUGGUGCAUAUUCAGAAGGUUUCGAGUUUGGAAAUGCUCAGAAAAUCAACAUACCGAAUUCUCCACCAUGUUCUGCUGCCGGAUACCCAGUAGAGAAGCAAUGCUCAGAUCUCGCAAGCUCACUGGAAGCGGAAGUUGCGUGUAGCACAAUAUAUAGUAUCCACACCGGAAACUACGUAGUGCAUCCUAAAGAGUAUUAUGACAUUUGUGUCCGGAUGUAUUGUACUGGGCAUGGCAAAGAAGAGAAAGAGUUAGCUAAAUGUUCUGUUUUGGAAGCCUACGUUUAUGAAGUGUCGUCUUAUGGGCUAGAUGUCUCGUGGAGAUCAUCUUACACGUGCCCCAAGGAAUGUCCAAAAGGUAUGACGUACAGUCAGGGUAAACCAUUGUGCAAACGCACGUGCAAAAACUUGUACAUGGCGGAGCUGUCACAGGAUGAAUGUCAGCAGACGAUAUCCGGUUGUGAAUGCGUCGGGAAUACGUUUCUGAACAACAACAACGAGUGUGUCGAAGCAGCCGACUGCCCAUGUAUACACUAUGGCAAAUAUUACAGCAAAGGCGAUACUGUCAUGAUGGAUUGUAACAAAUGCACAUGCGAAAAGGGGAGAUUCGUGUGCGAAUCUAACACGUGUUCUGCCACCUGCUCUUUGAUUGGUUACAAUCAUAUAUCUACAUUAGAUGGCAAAGUGUACGAUUUUGACGUUGGAAGCAAAUCAUGCGAGUACACAAUGUUUAAAACUACGGACAAAGCGAGAAAUGAAACUGGUGACGUAUUAGACAUUACCUUAACUAUGAAGGAAUGCACUGGCGUCACUAACACGCGCUGUGUUUCUGGAAUACAAAUACAAUCUGACACGGAAUCCGUAGAGAUUGAGCUAGGCAAUAAUCCCUCGGUGUACGUUGACGGAUCGUUGUGGGAGUUACCUUAUGUUGGAAGAAUGAAAGUGAAACAAGUCACUACAAAGUUUAUCUACGUUGAAGGAAUCGGGUUCACUUUAGUGGUUGAUAAUGGUCUGACUAUAUACCUAAACGUACAACCUUAUUAUGAAGGAAAGGUGACUGGUAUGUGCGGUAACUUCAAUGCUUUGGGCGACGAUGAUUUAGAAAUGCAGGGCGUGGGACAACCUAAUCCGAACUUUGUUGUUUAUGGCUAUGGAACACCUAAGUGUAGAGGCGAUGCACCUGUAGAGCUGAUAGAUUCAUGCAUGUUCCAGUACCAAAUGGCGGAUUAUGCUGAGACAGUUUGCGCGCAUUUGUUAAAUUCGGAAUUUAUCGGAGAAGCCCGACAAUUUUUGGCGGGGGCUAUAUUAGAUGUGAACUACUUUUAUGAUCGCUGUAGACAGGACAUGUGUAGGAACGAGAAUAUGGACGUUAUGUGCUGGUGGACAAGCGCCUUGUCAAAGGCAGCAGAAAAUUUUAACCUCCAUCUUGACUGGAACUUCAAUGAGCAUACGAAGUAUUGCGAGGACAACGUAAAUAACUGUCAUCUAGUACGUGGAUCAGUGUACAGCCGGUGUGUGUCUCCGUGUAAAACAUCUUGUCGCGAUUUACAGGACGGCGACGACAAUUGUGAAGCAGAUUGUAUCGAAGGAUGUCAUUGCCCUGCCAAUCAAUAUGUUGACGCUUUCUACACGUGCGUGCCAAAAGAGAAAUGCACGUGCUAUGACGAAUACAACCGGGAGUACCGGAAACCGUAUGACAUCGUACAAAGGAAUUGUGACGUAUGCACAUGUAUAAACAGCACAUGGGAUUGUAUAGAGAAAGAGGGAUGUAACGAAGACGAUUUCUGCCCGGGCAAUCAGAUAUUUUUGAAGGGGAACAGUUGCCCUUACACGUGUGAAAACUACGAUAAAGAAAAUCCGACAGCAUGCAGUGUUGAGCUGCCUCAUUACGGCUGCGGUUGUGAAGAUGGUUUAGUGAUAGGUCAUAAUGGAACAUGUAUACCGUUUGAGAAAUGCCCUUGUGUAUAUGGAAGUUCGGUAUAUGGAAAUGGUGAAACAUUAAUAAUCGGCUGCAAAGUCAUGCUCUGUGAAAAUCAAGGAUGGACAGUAGUAGAGGAGAACGAAUGCAUGGCAAUGUGUUAUGCAGCAGGUGACCCCCACUACCAAACAUUCGACAACCGUCGAUACUCGUUCCAAGGAAGUUGCAGUUACACCAUGGCUAAAGCUAUUGAUGGUGAUAACAGUUUCGAGGUCACAGUUGAGAACAUGCCUUGUGGAAGUAGCGGUGUGACAUGUACGAAGUCUAUUUCAAUAACCAUUAAUGGCAUGACGAUGAAAUAUGUUAGAGGGGAGAGUAUAAGGCGUGUGAAUGCACUAGAGUACGAAUCAAAUGGAGUUGUGGUCGACAAUAUCGGGGGCGAAUUCAUGACCGUUAUAUGGAAAGGAAUGGGCUUGAUUUUGAAGUUUGAUGCAGGAACUCGAGUGUAUCUGUAUUUGGGGCCAAGAUGGAAGGGAAAAGUUCAAGGUCUGUGUGGGAACUAUGAUGGUAUCGUCAAGAACGAGUUUGGAGGAACUGGAGCUACAGCAUUAUUUGAAUAUUUGAACAGUAUGAAGAAAUCUUCAUCUUGUCCGGAUUUAGAAGCAGAGGAUGUCUCACCCGAACCAUGCAAGGGGCCACUGGAGAAAAGAAGACACUGGUCGGAAGAGCAAUGUGGAAUAAUUCAGAAUAAGGACGGGAUAUUCAAAAAGUGCAUAGAAGCAACUUCUCAAGAAAAGAUGAAACAGUUUUAUGAAGACUGCGUGUUUGAUGGAUGCGCGUGUGACACCGGAGGUGAUUGUGAGUGUCUGUGUUCAGCCGUGGCUAAUUUUGCCGAGCACUGUAAUAGUCUGGGAUUAUGUAUAAGGUGGAGGUCGAAUAACUUCUGUGGCAUGCAGUGUGAAAACGGAAAAGUCUACCAAGGAUGCGGAGGCCCGGCCCCUCAGACUUGUGAAAAUAUCGGCCCUGGUCGUCCAACAUUUUGGAAUAACGUACAGACAAACGAGGGUUGCUUCUGUCCGGAUGGUCAAAUAAGUGACGGGGACGGCUGUAAACCAAUUUCGGAAUGUGAAUGUUACGUGAACGGCACGAGUUAUCCUCCCGGAUACAGUAAAAUUGAAAACUGCAAGAAUUGCACGUGCAAAGACGGUUUAUUCGACUGUGAAGGAGACGAGUGUAAGCCGUGCGAAAAGGGAGAGUAUAAAUGCCAGACAGGUGUAUGUAUUCCCGGUACUGGUGUGUGUGACGGCAUUCCGGACUGUGACGACGGCACGGACGAAUAUCCCUAUCAAAAUUGUACUUGUCAGGAGAAAUAUUUAUGUCCAGAUGGAAUCACGUGCGCAACACGCUGUGAUGGAUAUCCCGAAUGUUCCGACGACAGCGACGAAGAUGAUUGCCAGUACUGUAAGGAAGAAGAAUUCAGAUGUUAUGAUGGAGAUUGCUUGAAACCUGAAGACGUAUGUGACGGUAUUUGUGACUGUGAUGACACCACAUGUGAGGACGAAUUACAAUGUACAACAUCAACGUCAACAACAACAACACCAACAUCUACACCAACAACAACGUUCACAACAACGUCAAGUACAACGCCAGUUACAACGUCUACUACGACGACGUCAACGACUCCGUCUACAUCAACGUCAACGUCAACAACGCCGUCAUCUACGUAUUUUACUACAGUAACAACACCAUCUUCAACCACAAGCCAUACGACAUCAGUGACGUCACCAACAACAUCAGUGACGUCACCAACGACAUCAGUGACGUCAACAACGACAUCUGUGACGACACCAACAACGUCAGGGACAACUCCUUAUCCUUGUCAAGAAAAAGAGGUUUUGAAUUAUCCUGCUCUAAGUCCCACAAAAUAUAUAAAUAUUUUGGGUGCUGUCGUUACAAGUGCGGAAAAGGAUAAGCUGAGAUAUGACCCGAGUGCACCGUCAAGUGAACCGUUCACUAUCACCGCCGGUACCUUUAUCAUUCAAAUGACGUUCACGGACAAAGUUCAGCUCGGUAGAGUAGGUUUAAAAAAUGCUGAGAACGUUGAGAAGUUCAGCACAUAUUAUCAAACUGUGUCUAAUGUGCAAUCACCGUUGAAGACAAUUACUGACAUCAGCUCACCGGCGAUGUAUAAGAACGCUAAUGACGUCAUUUCCGUUACUAUAGUAGUAACAAGUAGCGCAAGUUAUGUUCCAACAAAGUUACAACUAGACAUAACUGUCUGUUAUGAAAUAACAAGUACAUCGACAACUAGUACACCGAGUACAACACCAAGUUCGACAACAAGUACCUCAAGUACCACACCAAGUUCGACAACUAGUACCUCAAGUACAACACCAAGUUCGACAACAAGUACCUCAAGUACCACACCAAGUUCGACAACUAGUACCUCAAGUACAACACCAAGUUCGACAACAAGUAGCACCUCGAGUACCACACCAAGUUCGACAACUAGCACCUCAAGUACAACACCAAGUUCAACAACUAGCACUUCAAGUUCAACACCAAGUUCUACAACUAGUACCUUAAGUACAACACCGAGUUCAACAACGAGUACACCGAGUACAACACCAAGUUCGACAACAAGUACCUCAAGUACCACACCAAGUUCGACAACUAGUACCUCAAGUACAACACCAAGUUCGACAACAAGUAGCACCUCGAGUACCACACCAAGUUCGACAACUAGCACCUCAAGUACAACACCAAGUUCAACAACUAGCACUUCAAGUUCAACACCAAGUUCGACAACUAGUACCUCAAGUACAACACCGAGUUCAACAACGAGUACAUCGAGUACCACACCGAGUUCGACAACAAGUACCUCAAGUACAACAUCAAGUUCGACAACGAGUACAUCAAGUACAACACCACCACCAUGUACAUUAAUAGAUGGGAUGAAGAAUUCAGUGUUAUUACCUACAGACAACCUCUAUAUAGAAGACAGUUCUCCUGUAACAUACGACGUGAACAAUCUAAGACCAAGUGAAGGAUCGCAGUACGAGACUCUGUCAAGUCAAGUAAAAAUAACACUAUCGUUCAUAGAACCGGUUGUGGUCGGAGAAGUUGGUCUCUUUAACCCAGUUAACGUGAACUCGUAUAUGGUAUUCCUCAUCGCAUCAGGAAUUCCAAUGGUGAAAACCGUAAAUGAUGUGUCCACGACAGCGAAAUUUAUUGACGCCACUGACGUCACCGUGAUAACGAUAACGAUUUUUACAAACGUCUUUAGCGAACCAGCGUCAUUCAGCUUAGAUGUCAAAAUUUGCAAUGUGACGGUCACAACAACCUCUACCACAAGCACGUCGUCAACAACAAGCGCUACCACUACCAGUACCACCACAAGUCCAACAACAAGCUCUACAACAACCAGCUCAACAACCAGCCCAACAACCAGCCCAACAACGACUGUAGCUCCUUGUGCCACUUUUGAUGCGAUGAAAAAUCGUGGUAUAACUCCCAGUGAAAACGUUAUUGUUGAUGGCGUGCCGAUAACAGAAGAUGAUGCUGAUAAAUUAAGGGAAGAAAAUGGCGGCUCAUUUUUGUCCUACAAUAUAGAAACUGUAAUAGUUAUUAAGUUCUACGAGGUCGUAGAGCAGCUAGUACAGGUCAAUCUAGACAACCAGAUAGGGGUUCAUAACUAUGAAGUUUACUACAAUUAUGAUACAGCCACUAAACAGGUUGCUGGAGACGGAGAUGACAUUAUUCAAUACGAAAAUGCCACGUAUAUCAGUAAUGUUACUAUAGUGGUUAAAAGAGAUACAGCAACAUUUGACCACAUGUCCUUUAAGAUACAAAUGCUAAUUUGUCACGAAUGCCCUGCUACUAUGGUGAGUGCAAUACCAGAAAAUGUUGUUGUGACAACAAACCAACAGGAGUUUAGCGAAAGCAUUUUCACCGAAGAAGGCGUUAGUAUCAACCCAGCCGUUGAUGGAAAUAUUGAAAUGAACUUGGCCGAGCCACAGAGGACGACUACAAUAACGUUUACCCUUACUGAGGAGGGAUAUAUGAAUACAAUGAAUGGACUACUGAACCUGUUUGUUGUAUUUUAUUAUAACGGCAGAGAUGUGGCAAGUAUUCUGUUUUAUACGAAUGUAUUCUCCUUUUUUCGUUUUUGUUCUAAAGAAACUUUGGAGGUGGUUUCAAAAGACGGUCUUGUUACUAUCUCGAAUCUGGAGGGAAUCCUAUCUGAUAAAAUUACAAUAAGCUUUAUUCCUGAAACAAAUAUUCCUCUCGUGAUGAAAGAUCUCCAAGUCUCAGCCUGUACACCAGGUCCGAACGUUUUUAGUCAAAUAGAAACCUCCGAGCACGGGUUCGUUACUACGGACAUAGUUACUGUGAUUGAGGUGACGUUUAUAGUACCUGUUAUGGUUGACAGGGUCAAACUGUCCAGCCAACUAAAUGUUAUCUCAUUCACCGUAACAGCACCGGAACAACCGGAAAUUGAAGAGAAGCAGUCGGCGCCAGCAACAAUUACAUAUUUAAUCCGAAACAACUUUUCAACGCAACCACUGAGCUGGUUACGUUUUUCAAGAAAUGUCUACGGAUUUCUUCGAAUCUUAUUGGCAGAGGAACGAAGAGCUACCAGAAUAAGUUUCGAUGUGUCCCAACAAGUCUACAAAGUCAAGGUUGAAUGUUUGAAAAUCGUAGACGGUCAUCUGGUUGUCGUAGAAACCCAGACUUUAACUGUAACUACCGGUGUAACUGUGGAGAUCCUAUCCCCACAGGGUGUACCUGUAUCAGAAAUCAGAGUAUACUUUGAGGCAUUUGUUGAUGUGUUCUCUAUAGGUCACGUGAUCGUAGACGCUUGUCAGAAGCCGGAAGAAACAACUUCCACUUCGACCACAACAAUAUCGACUACGUCACCAACGACGACAACAACGUCACCAACGACGUCAACAACAUCACCAACGACGUCAACAACAUCACCAACGACGUCAACAACAUCACCAACGACGUCAACAACGUCACCAACGACCUCUACAACGUCAGCAACUACGUCAACAACGUCACCAACGACGUCAACAACGUCACCAACGACUUCAACAACGUCAUCAACGACUUCAACAACGCCAUCAACGACUUAUUCAACUUCAAUUACAACGCCAACGUCCCCCACAACAUCGUCAUCGUCUACUACUUCCCCCACCACAUCUCCAACGUCUACAACGCCUUCCACAACGUCAUCAACGUCUACAACGUCCCCUUCAACAACAUCAACAACCAGCUCGACAACUUCGACAUCAACUAGUUCAACAACAUCACCAACAACGUCACAAACUUCGUCACCAACAACGUCACAUACUACGUCACCAACAACGUCACCAACUACGUCAUCAACAACGUCACCAACUACGUCACCACCUCCUUGUCUAGAAACCAACGGCAUGGCUGAUGAAUACAUUAUCGCUCCUUCAGCCAUUACAAUAAAAGCAUAUCCUGCCAAUAGCUCGCUUUCUGACAAACUGUCAACCGCAAAUGAAACAGAAUUAAAUAAAAUGAAGAACUCCCUAAGAACAAGUUCUUCUGAGAAAUUUUCAAUGGGAGAUGCAGAUUAUGUUGUAAUAUCUAUUACAUUUGAUGACAAAACAACAGUUGGCAGACUCAUUAUUAAUACAAACGAGAAUUUUGGCACCUAUUCUGUGCAUUUUAACGAAAGUGGGAAAAUAACUACCGAAGAGACAAAGGAUGUGACGUCGAUGUCGACAUAUUAUAACGCCAAGGAAGUGACGUCAAUGGUUAUAAUGAUACAUAAAUCACCAUCGAUUGAAAUAUCACCAGAGAUACAAAUAGAUCUGAGGAUGUGUUAUGCUUGUAGAUCGGAGAUGAUAGACACAUCUAUUGUGGUCCAAGCUGGCAAUACGGUCGUGAACAAAUAUUUGUCAGAUCUUCACACCAUCGACGUUCCUUUCGGUGUUAAUGAGCUCAUAUUUAGAUUUGACGAAGAAGAGCGAGUGACCGCGGUAUCUUUUAAUGUUAACAAAGGACAAGUGCUGUCAUUGGACGUGCAAUAUUUCCUAAAUGAAAACAUGAUAGGGCCUGAGAAGACAGAAACUUUCAGCGUGAAUCAAGGUGGAAUAGUUUUUAUUGAAAACGAACAUGGUAUUCCAGCAAGAGUUAUAAAAGUUACUUUAGUGAUACUGUCACAACCAGUGACGAUAACCGACUUGAACAUCGAGGUGUGCAACCCAGAAGUGACCACUACACCGUAUUCGUCAUCAACCGCGACAAUAACGCCAUCUACAACACCAUACACAACUUCGACAACUUCGUCGACAACUCCUUACGUGGUUUGUGUUGACCCCGAUGAUAUCAGUGGAGACACCCUCAGCAAUUAUUCUGUGUCAGUGUCGGGUAUUGAUGACGAUGGCUCGAUAUUAAAAGCUAUAAGCUCAGACCCAGAGGCUAUCUACUACCUAUCAACAAGUUCAAUUAGGCCGGACUUUAUCAGUUACUUGUCGUUGAAGAAUGCUUCGGUCAACAUGAUUAGGCUGACCACAAAAUACGUGAACAUCGUACAGUUCUUUUUCGAUGAUAAUUCAAUUCUUAAAACUAUUGACAACCCAAAUGAGGAGUCGACAACUGAGUAUCGUCCACAUAAGACAUUUAUGGGCACAACAUUUACGAUCUAUUUCAAGAAGCUCUCAGAUGCAUAUUCUGAAAAUGAUCGUCCGUACGUGAAAAACGUGUUGUUACAACUUUGUGUUGAAGAAGAGGUGAUGACUACAACAACAACAUUUUCAACUACCACGACAACACCAUAUUCAACAUCAUCAACAACAGAAUAUACAUCAUCUACCACUGUCACGUGUAAUUAUGAUGAAAAACUAUGUCCAGACAUGACAACAUGCUACAAGAAAUGUAAUGGUGUAUUUGAAUGCGAUCCUCCCAUCGAUGAUGACGAACUGGAAUGCGAAACCACAACGACGCCAACGACGACUGCUCCAACAACAACAACAAUUUUCACAACAACAACAGGUACAACAACUGUUACACCUUGUCUACCUGGAAUGUAUACAUGUGAGGACGGAACUUGUAUACCACCUGAGCAAAUAUGUAAUGGUCCAGAGAAUUGCGACUGCAUGUCAUGUGAAGAUGAAUUGGGAUGCACGAAUACUACAACUGCAUCAACUUCAACACCAACAAUUACUACGUCUACUUCUUCGUCCACAACUCCAAUUACAAGCUCGACACCAUCAUCUUCUUACAGCUCUUCUUCCACAACAUCAAUAACGACCACAUACUCUACUCCUAGCUCCACAUUUACGACUUCAGUGUCAACAACACCAACAGAAACCACAACACCCUCGUCAACGACGACUUCCAAAUCUACAACUACAACAUCGACAACUCCAACUACAAGCUCGACACCAUACUCUCCUUCUAGUUCUACUUCAACAAGUGCAACAACCCCAACAACAGUUACUACACCAUCAUCAACUUCACAGACAACUACACAGUCAACCACAUCAGCAACGACCCCAAGUUAUUGCGACGAAGAAGGAAUGGAGACUUCCUCAAAUUAUACCAAGAGUAAAGAUAUAAGUGUAACAGACGGGCAAGGUCGUGACUUAACUUCUGAUGGAACAACGACAGAUAAUCUGCGUCCGGAUACUGAUGACUAUUUUAAAGUUACACCGACAAUCUCGAUACCAUACGUUUUCAUUAUUAAUAUAGCAGUGGAUGCCAUCAACAUUACAGAUGUAAAAUUAAUCACGAAUAAUCCUUCAGAAAACAUUCAGUACGCUGUGACACUGGAAAGGAAAAACAAAACACUAGUAGAAGAAAAUCUUUCAACGAGCUCUUCAUCUAUAUUUGUACAAGAAGUUAAGCAAAUAACUAUAGAAGUGGUUAUAAAUGAGCCUAAGGCUUUCAAACUAAGCACGCAUGGUUGUUUCAGAGUUCCAAGUUCAGGAACAACACCAACACCUAAUACAACUACAACUUCAACUGUUACAACCACCCCACCCACAAUUCCAACGUUUAGCACAACGACGACAGCAUCAACUUCAAGCGAAAGUACAACAACAAAAACAAGUACUUCAACGACACCUUCAACAACAACGUUAUCAACAUCUGAAACUACUAGUUGGACACCAUCGUCUACUUCAAGCUCAACAUCUACGACUUCAGUAUCAACUACUCCGACUGAAAGCACAACACCUUCAUCCACGUCAAGCACGACAUCAAAACCGACAACAACAACCCCGACAACAGUUACAACACCAUCAACCACACAAAGUACCACCUCCACAACUACAGUAUCAACUACCCCUACAGAAAGCACAACACCUUCAUCAACGUCAAGCACGACAUCAAAAACGACAUCAACAAGUCCAACAACAGUUACAACACCAUCAACCACACAAAGUUCCACCUCCACAACUACAGUAUCAACUACUCCGACUGAAAGCACAACACCUUCAUCCACGUCAAGCACGACAUCAAAACCGACAACAACAACCCCGACAACAGUUACAACACCAUCAACCACACAAAGUACCACAGUCAUAAGUACAGUAUCAACUACCCCGACUGAAAGCACAACACCUUCGUCCACGUCAAGCACGACAUCAAAAACGACAACAACAAGUCAAACAACAGUUACAACACCAUCAACCACACCAAGUACCACACCCACAACUACAGUAUCAACUUCCCCGACUGAAAGCACAACACCUUCAUCAACGUCAAGCACGACAUCAAAAACGACAUCAACAACCCCGACAACAGUUACAACACCAUCAACCACACAAAGUACCACACCCACAACUACAGUAUCAACUACCCCGACUGAAAGCACAACACAUUCAUCAACGUCAAGCACGACAUCAAAAACGACAACAACAACCCCGACAACAGUUACAACACCAUCAACCACACAAAGUACCACAGCCACAACUACAAUAUCAAAUACCCCGACUGAAAGCACAACACCUUCGUCAACGUCAAGCACUACAACGCCUUCAUCAACGCCUCCAACCAUAAGCUCGACACCAUACUAUCAUUCCAGUUCUGCUUCAACAAGAACAACAACCCCAACAACAGUAACUACACCAUCAUCAACUUUAAAGACAACUACACAGUCUACCACAUCAGCAACGACCCCAAGUUACUGCGACGAAGAAGGAAUGGAGACUUCCUCAAAUUAUACCAAGAGUAAAGAUAUAAGUGUAACAGACGGGCAAGGUCGUGACUUAACUUCUGAUGGAACAACGACAGAUAAUCUGCGUCCGGAUACUGAUGACUAUUUUAAAGUUACACCACCAAGCUCGGUACCAUACGUUUUCAUUAUUAAUAUAGCAGUGGAUGCCAUCAACAUUACAGAUGUAAAAUUAAUCACGAAUAAUCCUUCAGAAAACAUUCAGUACGCUGUGACACUGGAAAGGAAAAACAAAACACUAGUAGAAGAAAAUCUUUCAACGAGCUCUUCAUCUAUAUUUGUACAAGAAGUUAAGCAAAUAACUAUAGAAGUGGUUAUAAAUGAGCCUAAGGCUUUCAAACUAAGCAUGCAUGGUUGUUUCAGAGUUCCAAGUUCAGGAACAACACCAACACCUAAUACAACUACAACUUCAACUGUUACAACCACUCCACCCACAAUUCCAACGUUUAGCACAACGACGACAGCAUCAACUUCAAGCGAAAGUACAACAACAAAAACAAGUACUUCAACGACACCUUCAACAACAACGUUAUCAACAUCUGAAACUACUAGUUGGACACCAUCGUCUACUCUAAGCUCAACAUCUACGACUUCAGUCUCAACUAUCCCGACUGAAAGCACAACACCUUCAUCAACGUCAAGCACGACAUCAAAAACAACAACAACAACCCCAACAACAGUUACAACACCAUCAACCACACAAAGUACCACAUCCACAACUACAGUAUUAACUUCCCCGACAGAAAGCACAACACCUCCAUCAACGUCAAGCACGACAUCAAAAAUGACAUCAACAAGUCCAACAACAGUUACAACACCAUCAACCACACAAAGUUCCACCUCCACAACUACAGUAUCAACUACUCCGACUGAAAGCACAACACCUUCAUCCACGUCAAGCACGACAUCAAAACCGACAACAACAACCCCGACAACAGUUACAACACCAUCAACCACACAAAGUACCACCUCCACAACUACAGUAUCAACUACCCCUACAGAAAGCACAACACCUUCAUCAACGUCAAGCACGACAUCAAAAACGACAUCAACAAGUCCAACAACAGUUACAACACCAUCAACCACACAAAGUUCCACCUCCACAACUACAGUAUCAACUACUCCGACUGAAAGCACAACACCUUCAUCCACGUCAAGCACGACAUCAAAAACCGACAACAACAACCCCGACAACAGUUACAACACCAUCAACCACACAAAGUACCACAGUCAUAAGUACAGUAUCAACUACCCCGACUGAAAGCACAACACCUUCGUCCACGUCAAGCACGACAUCAAAAACGACAACAACAAGUCAAACAACAG